CAGAGUGUUUAUGGAGUCGAGUUUUCUGUUUGCGUGAUAUAACACAGGGACACUCCGCCGGGUGCCGAUUCCGUUUUGGCUUAUUUUUGGAGACAGUAGGAAGGGGUUUGUUAAGAGCGAACUUGUUGAAGGGUGUCUGCUCACAGCUGCUGUAAUGAGUUUCUUCCUUGUGCCGCUACAUUUCCACUGUGUCCAAUCGGAGGCCUUAUAAGGACAGCUGUGAUCAUUUCUGAUGAGUAAGGACGGCAGAGUUUAACUUUCUUAUUCCUCUUAACAGGGGUUUUUCCUUCACUCCCUCCGGACAUCUACCUCUACUGAUGCUCAGCGGAUACAUUUUUUCUGUACACCUUCUGUGUUUUGCGAUUUUCUUUUUUUCAUGAUGAUUCAUUUAUCAGUUUUGCAUCCGACAUCCAAGACGCCACAUUUUCCCAAACUUUUUCUGAAGAGAAGGCUGAUUCCCGCCUUAUCCUGCUAAGAUUUCCAAAGACAUCGUGUGUUUAGUUUCUGUUAGCAAGAAGCCUUCUGGGGUUUUCUCAGAUACACUUGCACAACGAUAUUUCACUUUGACUUAUGCUGUUUUUUGUUGCUUUCUUUUCGGGCACAAACUGAGGACACAAAAAAUUUCCUCAGUUUUUUUUUCCCCCCCCUCCACAUCUUCAGUUUCUCUGCUGCAGAUAUUUAGUUGAGGCCACCAAACUGAACCCCACUGGCCGCCUUGCUCAUUUCCAGUUUUGUACACAAUGUGGUCUACAUUUUUUGUGACUGAUGAGGAGGGCCGGACGGUGGGCCCGGCAGGGGCAGGGACAGUCGGAGGGGCUGCAGGAGGAGGAGCAGCUCAGGGCGCAGGGGGUCUGGCCGGCCUGAUGACUGGACGCAGCACAUUUGGUGGGGGCAAACGCCGCAGGACAACAUCGACAGGAAACGCCAUGAGCGAGGCCCAGGAGGGAAAGAUCAAGCUGGCGUUCUUCGUGGCCAUUGUGGGCGUAGUCCUGACAGUGCUUGGGGUCGGUACAGAGUUCUGGGUGGAGCUGUCGCCGCCGAAGAAUUUCUAUAACAAUCAGACGUGUCUGACAGCUCACUAUGGCCUGUGGAAGGGCUGCACCAAGACCCUGUGGGUGGCUGAUAUCGACCCAGAGAGAGAAAGCUGCGGACCUGCUGAACUUCCUGGAGAAUCAAACUGCACCUUCUUCAAGUUUUUUACCACGGGGGAAAACACUGUGAUGUUUCAGAAGACAACACAGAAAAAUCUGAAUGUGGCAACGGCCAUGUUGGCCCUGUUCAGCCUGUUCCUGAUGGCGAUGGGAGCCAUCUGCAUCACCAUGUCGCUCAGUAAAGAAAUCCUGUUCUUCCUCAAGCCAGCGUCCGUCUGCUUCAUCCUGUCAGGUGUCCUGGUGCUCCUCUCCCUCAUGGUCUUCCACCAGUCUGUCCUGGCGUUUCUGGCCAGCGACCACACGGUUCCCCUCCACCACGAGCUCUCCUGGUCGGUGUCGUGCGUCGGCUGCGCGGGGGCUGUCCUCAUCGUGGGCGGAAUCCUCUUCCUGCUGCUGGCGCUGCCCUACAGCCCCUGGCAGAAGUGUCUCCCUCACAAGGACAGCAGCAGCUAGUGUCCCAGAGGCGACGGUGCACUUUAUCUGCCCCGCUCCGUGAGGAAGGGGAGGGUGCAGAGAGGUGAGGAAGUUUCCCAGAGAUGUCUUAGCAAAGAGAUUGCAUUUUUUUUUUUUUUUUUUUGUGUUGACCUUAAGGAAUUACAAGUGUGUUAACGGGAGACUGAUGAGAGAGUCACUGGAAUUUCUUUAAUUUACUGCACUGACCCAAGACAAAACACAUACCAGUGUCUUUUCAUUACAACAAUGUUUUUUUAGCAUAACAUACCUUCUGGAUUUCCUGACUGUUGAUCUAUAGUGCCAUGAUAGUUUAGUCACACAUGGAAACAGCUCAGUGCUAAAAGUCUCCAAAUCAAAACAAAAUGCACUUUCAUAUACGAUAGUGAUCUUAAUGCUCCGAUGUGUGUGGGAUGCACUUCUGUAUUGUCUUACUAAUGAUCCUGCAGGGUUCGGAGGCAAUUUACUGGAAAAUAGUCGAGUUAAUUAAAAAUAUUUGAUAAGAAAAUAAUCACGCAGUAAAGUUCUUCCCCCCCAAAUAAUACAUAUUUCAGUCUGACAUAUACUCAAACUACUCUAAAUGGUGUAGCAGCUUAAAGUUCACAAAGUGAUUCUCUGGUUUGAAUGUGACUUAUUUACGGUUUAAUAACACAUUUAUCUUAAACAUUUAUCUCCUCCUUAUUUAUCAUCUGUGCUGGUAAUGUAACCCAGUAACUAAUUAUUGCUUAUUUUAAUGGAAUGUCUCUGAGCUCAAUGUGCAAACAGAAGGAUCACUCCAUUUAAAAAAUAAACAAAUCUAAAAAAAAAAAAAAAUCCCACCUGAUCCCUGCAGCAUCACCUGAUGUUCUGUCAAAUAAAUUUGGCAUAUUUAUUGAAGCCAUGUAAAAUUUUUACAGUCGUACUAUAAAUACUUUUGGAAUUCGAGGCUCUGGAAGUACACAGGAGUGGGUAGAAAUUUGAAUGCUUUUAAAUUUGUGUUUCAUUUUUUCACAUCCAUUUUAAGCCCUCUUAACUUCACAAGUACAGGAGAUGGACACAUGACAUUUUCAGAGUGAAAAACACAGAGUUCUGUUUAAAAGAAGAAAAAAAAAAGCAACCAAAUUAAUAUUACAUCCACUCCAGGUGCCACAAUCAAAAUCCAAAAAUGUUGUUUUGUGUUUUUUCUAUAACCAACUGGGAGCAUCAGUAUCAUGGAUUACAGCAUAGAUGCAGAGAAAAGUUUAAGAAAGUGGGUUCUGGGUAAGAGUUUACGAAUAAUAUCUCCAGUGAAUUAUCAGAAAACACAUAAGACAUCCUGGGUACCAGUGCUUGUUUCUGUUACUCCUUGCCAUAGACAUUAAACUGGUGCUGUCAUGCUAUUGUAACUAUGAUAUACACCAAGUUCCAGGGAGUAAAACACUUGGAAAACAUAAUAAAAAAAUCACACAAUUUCGACCCCUAUGUGCUUCAAGAGCCAGUAACUUGGAAUGUGUCCUUAGUUUGUUGCAUGGUUUGAUUAAAUACACUGAAGUUGUUGUACAUAAAAAAAACAAAAAAAACAGCUGAUCCUGAAGGGGUCGGGAGGACGGUAUUGGUUGAACUAGACUGACCCAAGAGAUCAAGAAUUUUGUAAAUCCCCAAGUUAAGGUUUUUAAACUCAACGUUUGUCAUGUCUAUUUAUUCAUCGAUGGACAGCAUUGCAAUCUUACAGCAGUUACAUUCGCCACCGUCUUAUCCGAAACGCUGACCCUUUACUGUGGUUACACUUUGAAAUCUUCCCAAAUAGUUUCGAAUCCGCCUCCUUUUCUGCUCAGGUAACAACAGUCCACAACACAAUCGUCCCUCCUUGAGUAUACUGACCUCCAGUCUGAGAGCCUCAUUUAAGAAACUAGUUUAUUCUCAGUGGUGUGUGAAAAAGCAACAUUUUGUUUGUCCUCCAAAUGCCUUCCCUUCAGCAGAGCUGCCUUCGAAUUGUCUAUAGUGUUAUUUUUGUUGAUCUUUGUACAUUGAGAUGUUGAGACAUUAAUCAAAAAUACAUAACCAUUGCAUAACCAUAUACAACCCUUUUGUAUACCCUAUUAUAUUAUUCUUAUUACAUGAAUUUACUUUCAAAGGGACAGCUUUGCCAUGUGACAGAGUUCUAAUAUCGUAAUGGUAAAAACAUGUUACAUUUCUAUGUAUUUAUUAUCUGUGUCUGCUUAUAAAUGCAACAGAACGCAACUUGUCUUCAUCCCAUGCAUUGUAUAGCGGCUGCAUACAUUGUAAGAUGUGUAAUGUAGGUGCUAUGCAAGCAGAAAAAUAAUAAAGAUUUAUAGUGGAGUAGAAGCUACACAGUGUUAAAUCAGCUAGAAGUGUGAGCCGCUGCCAUGUUUUUACCUCCAGUGUUUCUCGCGGAUGAUUUAUGUUAGAACAAAGUGCUUUGCUGUGCCUGAAUGGAAGGUGAACCAUCUCUGCAACUUUUUUUUUUGAACUGAAUCGAUUGAGUAUGAAUGAGUUCAUUUUAUUAUUAAACAUGACAUGAAUAUUUAAUGUCA